GGCUUCCGGUUUCCUAGUUCCGUACACAAAAGCUCCGCUGAUGACGUGUAAACUCCUCUAACGUUAGCUACCAAGCUAACAGAGCCGCUUGUCACAAUUAAAACUAUUAUAACAAAAAUAACGAGAUAACGUAAAGGGAGGGCGAAGCGUUUCUUAGAUCGGGAAAAAUGGAGACGCUUUACCACCAGACCAACAAGCAAAUCCAGGAGGUUCAGUCUCUAAUGGGAAAUCUGGAAAAGACAGACCGCCAGUCAGUUCAUUUGUUAGAAAAUGAACUGCAAGCUAGAAUCGACCAGAUCUUCAAUCAUUUAGAACGCCUUGAGAUCCUGGCCAGCAAGGAACCGCCAAACCGCCGCCAGAAUGCCAAAUUACGAGUGGACCAGCUCAAGUAUGAUGUCCAGCACCUCCGGAGUGCCCUGCAAAAUUUCCAGCACAGACGCUAUGCGAGAGAGGCCCAGGAGAGAGAGAGGGAGGAACUCAUGAGCCGCACCUUCACCACGAAUGACGCAGAUACCUCCAUCCCCAUAGAUGAGACCCUACAGUUUAACUCCAACUUGCACAAUGCACACAGAGGCAUUGAUGACCUCAUCGGCAGUGGCAGCAGCAUCCUUAAUGGUCUCAGAGAUCAGAGAUCUACGCUAAAGGGAACUCAUAAGAAGAUGCUGGAUGUGGCUAACAUGUUGGGGCUGUCAAACACAGUGAUGAGACUUAUAGAAAGGCGAGCCACUCAAGAUAAGUUCAUCAUGAUUGGAGGCAUGCUGCUGACCUGCGUCUUCAUGUUCCUGGUAAUCAGAUACCUGGGCUGACCUCCAACCAUCCACAAGGGCGGCUUUUUGAUCAGUCGUGGACAUUUCUGCAGCACAUCGUCCCUCAUGAUAUGAAUUUCUAACAUUAAAACCAACUUUCAUAAGUUGUUCCCUUACAUUUAGUUUUCUUUUAAUGGCUUUCCAUCAUGUUUAUUGAUAAAAUGGUGACGUUGGCAAAGACCUUAAACUACAGACAGUAUUUUUAAUCCAUGUGAAGCUCAGUGUGCCACUUUCCAUUUUUACCAAAACCACUUUGAAACUGUAAAUUUCUCCUGUGAUUUUACACAGAUGGUUUCUUAUAAAUACUUAACUGUUCCUCAAGUUGCCGUCAGUGUUCUUCCGCCUUGAUAAACAUGGUUUUUAAAGAAAUACAAGUACGAAAAUGUUAUGUUCAGUGUUUCAUCACAAUGCAACUUAAGAAUUCUCACCAGAAAUUCUUGUUUUAUGGUGUAAACUCAGUUACUAGCUUAUUAGCUGCACCUGGUCAAUACAGUCUAAUGUAGUGGACAAAGUAGGAUCGAGUUGAUGCCAUACAAUUCUAAUACAUUAGGCACAAUGACCAGAAAAUUAGAGACUUUCAACACAAACAUUAUAUCCUGUAUUAAGGCAGGACUUAGUGGACAGCCUCAUUAGGUUUAGCGAGCUGUACCUAAUAAGCUGGGAACUGAUAAUAUAUGUAGGUAAUAGUUCAAAGAAAAUCAAUGGAAGCAGCCCCUUUCUGUCACAUGCUUUCUUUCAUUUAUUCUUGGUCUCGUCUCACUAUGUGAGUGAUUUUAAAGAAAUUAAAUCUAUAAUUUUC